AUGAAUACUGAUCAUCCUCCCCUAAUACGAGCAAGACCGCCUGUCGAUAAACAGCAAGCAGCAGUUCUGGCAGCUCGACUUUUCAAUCUACAAAUUACAGAUUUGUCAUUUGUCAAAGAGCUCAAUGGUUACGACGACAGAAACUUCUACAUGCAAGGAUCCUUGCCAGGUCGACAUGAUUGUCAAGAAUACGUUCUCAAAAUCAUAAACGACGUAGAAACAAGACAUGAAUCUUUCCUUGAGCUUCAGUGCAACAUCAUGUUGUUUCUCCAAACACGUGGCUACAUCUGCUCCACCCCAGCUGUUACGGAUCCUUAUCAUGUACAAAUGGUUCGAGAGGUUUGUGAAGCUUUUAGGAAAAAUGUGAAACCAAAACUACAUCUCUUGCCCAAGCAAAUCAUUCACGGCGACGCAAAUUACUCCAAGCUUAUCUUUCCUCCAAGCAGUAAUGUUUCUACACCAUACUCUGUGCAAGAUAUUGGUUUCAUAGACUUUGGAGACCUUAACUACAGUUGUAAAGUAUUUGACAUCGCCAUUUCCCUGAUGUACAUUUUGAACGUUGAAGAGGUUUUCAACUGCGAGCGAACUCAAAUGGCGGGACAUUUCUUAGCAGGAUAUCAUUCGAUGCAUCCCUUAUCUAGCGAGGAGUUGGAGGUCUUGCCUGUACUGGUAGCGUCAAGGUUUUGUCAGUCAUUGGUAUUUGGCGCUUAUAUCAGCAAGCACGUUGAUCAUGGAAAUGAAUAUAUCUUGGAAACUGCCAAGAACGGGUGGAAAAAUUUUGAAGAAUUUUGGAAGACACCAACGGAGGGGGUGCUCCAGUUAUGGUUGGAUAUGAGGGAAAACACACGAAAAAAUUAA